AUGGACGGUGAUCCCUCCGGAGGGCGACCGCCUUCCAGAGAUCGCUUGACCAAUUCGUACGACCCUUACUAUCGGAGUGAUGUGCCAGCCCGCUACGAUCCACUCCGCUCGCGUCCACAUCCGGACGACGCACGGCGCUACUCGCGUCUCGAUCCGGACCCGCCGCCUCAACCCUCGCGUCCCCAUGCUCCGUGGCCAGACCGCGAUCCCAACCAAGCGCAGUUUGGCCUGCGCGAGGCGCCGCCUGCCCGAACGACCCUUCCGUAUCAUCGGCUCGCCGAUCCGAUGGGUGCUCGAUCCGCGCCGUUUCCCCCGACGGAUCUUCCUCAUUCCUCGCGCCCGAUGCAUGCCGAUGACUACUACGCACCACGUCCUACCACCCGUCAUCCAUUGCAGGAAGGCGCCGUCGUCUCACACCUUCACAACCCUCGCUUGACUCGUCUAGAAAGCGAAUCGCACCUCAACGAUCCCCGCGCGAGCGGCGCCUUUGUGGCACCAGAGCCGCGCGACCUUCACCGGGCCUCGAGACCUUCGUCGGGAGAUCCGAACUACGCUGACGCUCCACUCUACCCUGCAAGACCAUCAGCUGCCCAUUCGUCCGACUUUAGGACCGAAGCUCCGCUUGCCCGAGCGUCGUCCCCGCUUGCUUUGACGCUCAACUAUCCAAGCGCACCCCCGCCGCGCCGCAUCAGCGAUUCGUCUGACGCGCUUAUCGUCGACUCCUUAGAUGCAUCCUUUCAUCGUGACAAGAGGGCCAGGCUUGAAGCCUUCUCCGACAGAGCUCCGGCGAGCUCAUCCAUGUUGCAACCGCCUCAAUACCGUACAGCUCCCUCCCGCCGCCCGAUGCCUUCCGCAGCGGAAGACUGGUCGGACAGUCCCGACCUUCGAGAUCGCCGCCGCUCUCGCGACCCCAUUGACACGCCUUACCAUGGCGACAUGCCGUCGAGCAGAAACGCUCGAACCAUCGACUGGGUCGAUCCCGAAAGGGGACAGCUGAGCCGACGCACCUCUGGCGUCUCGUACCAGACUUUGGAAUCGGGCAACGACCGCAAUGAGGCAUCCGCCUUCAACGGCCAAUCGAGCAAGGUCAAGAGGCGCAAGCGGGCCGUGCUGAGCUGCACGGAAUGCAAGCAGCGCAAGAUCAAAUGUGAUCGCAACGUGCCAAACUGCGGGAGCUGCGUUCGUCGUGGUGUCGCCCACCUCUGCCGCUGGGGCGACGAACGCGACUUUCUCCCGGCAGCUCCUGCCAGCAACAUCACACCAUCCAACGCCGCACUCAUGGCGAGGAUUGCUCAGCUGGAAUCGCAAAUCAGCGUUUUGCAAUCCUCCUCGUCUUCUCCCUCGGCCGCCAACGACCACGCCCCAUCGGAACGCAACACCGAUCGCCACGCCUUGGACAAGCAUGACCAUGCCGCUACCUCCUCCGGAAGCCGCUCGUCUCGCUUCAGCGGCCCGUCCAGCAUCCAGAAUCCGCCUGACUUCACCAGCCGCGAACGCAAGGCCUACAUCGAGCACGCCCGCAGCGCUUCUGGUCCCACGCGCGGACACGGCGAUGACGACGACAUGGAAGAAGAUCAGAGCGACCAAAGCGAGGGCACGGACAGCGCCGAAUCCGGCGCCGAGAACGCCGGCGACCUGCUCCAGGCUCUCGCACGCGGGACAUCGCUCAAAAGACGCCGUCGCGGCGUGCAUUCCACUUCUGACGCCGGCGUAUCGUCUAUGCGAGGCGGGCCUGAUGUGCAGCAGAUGCAAAGGGAUCACUCGACUUUCAAGCAAGACGUGAGCUUCAAUCGCUCCAUCGAGGACGGCAAGGAAGUUGACCAGGAGGGGAUGCCUUCCUCGACCGCGCCCAGAAGGACCUCCGAUAUGUCGGAAGAGAAUUUUACUUCUGCAGCUACCUUCGACAUGUUCGCCUCGAGCCUUGAUGGCAAAGACCAGAGCGACCCCAAGGCAGAUCUUCUAGCCGCUUUGGAGCUGCUACCCUCACGGACCAAGACGAAAGGGCUGAUCGAACUUUACUUGCGAGAAGCUGAACCAAUUGUGCAGUCCAUCCACCAGCCUUCGCUACUGCGGCAGUACGAUCAGCUCUGCACCACAGUCGAUCAUCUCAAGUCGGCCGACAACACGGGCGCAGCCCACGUAUCGCUGCCGGAUCUUCAGUUUGCAGCGCUGGUCCUUGCCAUCUGCGAAGGUGCUUGCGAGUUCAUGACGCCAAAAGAGGUGCUCGAGAGCGGAAUUGGGAAAUCUCGCAAUUCGAUCAACAGCCAGCUCAUCUUGCUAGGUCGAACAAGUCUCGCCUUGCUGGGCAAAGCCAAGUUCGUACGUUCGCCCAACGUUUGGGGACUGCAAACCAUCAUCGCCUUGCGCCACUUUUGCUUUAACCGCGAUCAUCGUGAGGAGUAUAUCAUCCUCUAUACCAUGGCCAUCAAGGCGGCCGAGAUGCUCGGACUGCAUCGCCUCGGCUCGGCUCUGGUGGAUGAAGAGCGUUGGGAGGAGGAGAGCCAGUCUGCGACAAGGACUGUUGGCGAUUCGCGCGAUCCCGCUUCAACUACGUCGCACAGGUGGAAAAUGCUUACCUCAACGCGGAUCCAGGACGGAGCCGAGACUGACUCGGAAGGUGAAGAUCUCGAUCCGGACCGGUCGCAGAGGCGGGAUCUGAACGCCAUGUGGCUUCCUCGCGGCUCCAGGCGCAGGAACUGGGAAAUUGCAGCGGCCAAACGCUACAAGGACGGCAGCCGUGUUGACCGCGAAGUGGGGCGCAAGGUAUGGUUCGCCUUCGCAACCAUGGACUGGCAUUGCGCCGCCCAUUUCGACCGCUGCUAUUCCUGCAAGGAUGAGAUGUUCUCGACGCAGAGCCCACAGAACAUCGACGAUGCUGACGUCACAGACAGCGAGUCUCUUGGGCUGGAUCCAAUCAAGCCGACCAAUAUGCCACGCCGCCACACUUCACGAUUCCUCGAAUGCAUCCGCACCGUGGACGUGCCUACGACCAACAGCUUCAUCCCGAUCCACAUCGAAAUUUGCCACACGGUACGCAGCAUCGCGGACGCGCAAAACCUCGGCGACGAAUCCUUCGAAACGGUUCUGGCGAUCGAAGCACGCUUCCGCGAGAUCUUACGGUCGCUGCCGCGCUUCUUCCGUCUGGAUGGGCAGAGCGAAUACGAUCCCGAGGUGCACAGGUAUCACCGCGAGAGGCCCUAUUUGUCGUUCCAGAGGGCCGUGAUCCACGCUUAUGUCCACCAUCGGCUCCUCAAGCUGCAUCGGCUCUACAUGAGUCGCGGCUACUGGAACCCCAAGUACAUCCACUCCACCCGGACGUGCAUUGAGAGUGCGCGCGUGGUGAUUGGCGUGCUGCGGGCGCUCGACCAUGUGGGCUGCCGGGGGCAGCGCUACUGGAUCUUCAAGUUCAACAUCUUUCACGCGGUCUUGGCGCUGCAAGUCGACCUUCUGUACCUGGCGCGGCUGCCAGUCAGUCGAGAAAUCCUGGCCAAGCGCGCCGACGUCGUGUCCGGCCUCAAGAUGCUGCAUGCGCGAACGGAUGUCGAGGGUCGUAAUCCGUUGCUUGCUUCGUCUCUCAAGGUCAUCAAGGUGCUCAGCGAGGAGGAAAAGGCGCGACGAACCAAGAACGAGGCAAGCUCGGAAGCAGCAGCCGACUCCGAAGUGGCCGCCGCUGCGUCCAGCUCACCCGGCGACGGUUCGUCUUCGACAAGGAAGAGCAAAUCGCGCGGCUGGACGGGGGCGUCCGAAUCGACGGGUGACCUGGCCGAGCAUCUGGAGCGGCGGAUUCAGGAGACCUGGUGCACGGUCGAGGUCGAGAGUCUUCGCGCACGGACUGAAGCAAACAGCGAUGUUGUAGCCGAGGCAAGCCCGAAAAACGCAUUGAACCGUCCGCUCGCGGCGAUCUCGAGGACUCCCUCUACGGAAGACGGAUCUUCGCUGCACACUGUCGAGUCGGAUGCCAAGCUGGCUGAUCUGGGUCCAGCUGCCGACCUUGCCGACAUGCGGGAUAAGGUAUUGCCAGGUCAGGAAAGGCGCGAUUCGGAGCUCGAAGACUACCUCAAGCUGCUCUCGUCGUAUCAAAAUCCAGAUGAUGCUCCGGACGGCGCGCACUUCUUCGACGUUCUCGAUGAUCUUGCCUACCAGAAAGAUCCCUCUGCUAAGCUGCCCACAACGCGCGACGCGGUUCAACCCUUGCCACUGCUGCGCACUCCCGAUGAUCUCGCUGUUGCCGGCGCGGGAUUCGACGCCUUCACGGCAGCCUAA